AUGCUUGAUGCGGCUUCUGAAAAAGCCAAAGGAAAAGAUAAAAUCGGCUCAACCCUGAAGGGCAUUGGCCCAACCUAUAUGGAUAAAACCGGCCGCAACGGUUUGCGGGUUGGCGAUAUAGAGUUGUCUGAUUUUCAAGAACGCUACAACAACCUGAAAGCAAAACACGAGCAGCUGCUUAGCCAUUACUCAGACUUUGAAUACCAGGAAGAAUUGAAGAAACUGGAAGUGCAAUGGCUGGAAGCCGUUGAGUACCUGCGCAAUCUUACCCUGAUAGACUCUGAGCAUUUCAUCAACGAAGCCAUUGGCCAGGGAAAAAGCGUUUUGGCCGAAGGCGCCCAGGGGUCGUUGUUGGAUAUAGAUUUUGGGAGCUAUCCCUUUGUUACAUCCAGCACCACCACCUGUGCUGGUAGCUGCACCGGCCUGGGCAUUGCCCCUACCCGUAUUAAAAAGGUAUUUGGUAUUUUUAAAGCCUACUGCACCCGCGUGGGUAGUGGCCCCUUUCCUACCGAGCUUCACGAUGAUUUUGGAAAAAAACUGCAAAAUCAGGGCAAUGAGUUUGGCAGUACCACCGGCCGGCCCAGGCGCUGCGGAUGGCUAGACCUACCCGCCUUGAAAUAUGCCGCAGACAUAAACGGGGUUACCGACCUGAUUAUGAUGAAGAGCGAUGUGAUGACCGGCUUUGAAAAAAUAAUGGUGUGCACCGGCUAUCGCUACAAAGGCACAGAAAUUGAUCAUUUGCCCUACAACGUGGAAGACGAUCAACUGGAAGCGGUUUACACCGAACUCCCCGGAUGGAAUGAUGAUCUUACCGACCUUGAUAACUAUGAGCAGGCUCCUGAUGCACUUAAAAAUUAUGUUCGCUUUGUGGAAGAGCACAUUGGUGUUCCCGUCAACAUUAUUUCGGUGGGUCCCGAUCGCAAACAAACCAUCGUUCGGAAAAGCGCCCUGAUGUAUUGCGACAGCGCCUGGCUUUUUUCAAAAGAAAACCGCUUAAAGGCCUUUCGCAACAUCAAGAUUAAUCAGGGAGAUACGCUUUUUCUUUGGGGCGAUUAUCUGGAAUACGAGGGAAACACGCGCAAGGCCCUGGUAACCGGAGAUACCGUGCGCCUUGAAGACGAUGAGAUGACCCUGGUAACCGACAGACUGGACUACGACCGGAAUACCAAUAUUGCGUAUUACACCACUUCGGGCGUUAUUUACAACAACGAGAAUGUGCUCCGCAGCAAACUGGGCUAUUACAACAGCUCAUCUAAAUUAUUCAACUUUAAAGACAGCGUGGUGCUUACCAACCCCGAUUAUGUAAUGCGCAGCGAUACGCUCGAUUACAACAGCCAAAGCCGCAUGGCUUACUUUAAGGGGCCCACAACCAUUACCAGCGACAGCAGUUUUAUUUAUUGUGAAAACGGCAAGUACAAUACCAUUGCCGAUGUGGCGCAGUUUGAAAAAAACGCGCUGAUUUACGAUGAAAACAAGUACCUCACGGGAGAUAGUAUGUACUACGAAAAACACCAGGAUUACGGGGAGGCCUACGGAAACGUGGUGAUUCACGACACCAUUGAAGACUACCUAAUUACCGGAGGCUAUGGCGAGUACCGGGGCGCCACCGACAGUACUUUUGUUACGCUUGAACCGCUGUACAGUGUGCUGGAUGAUGAGGGCGACACGCUGCACGUACACGGUGACACCCUCUUUUCG